AUGCCAGAACGGCCCAGGGACAUGGGACAGCCGAUACCAAGAGUAGAAUUCCUUCGCCAGCAGCCCCAAGAAGACUACGACGGCGAGUAUCAGAACAACAGCCAUCUUUUCGGCCGUGAUAUCCUCGAAAGAUCGAUGGAUUUGAUGGAUAUUGUAGAUGUUGAAGAGUCAAACCAUGCAGACGCCGCUUUCGGUGUAACCUCACGUCUCCAAAGCUUCAGGUCGUCACAUUUCGCUUCUGAGCCGCUCAAGCCAAAAGAGGUAAAGCUGAACAAGAUGAGAUGGUAUUUCCUGCCCUCGAAAACCGCCAGAAGAACCUCGACUGAACAUCAGCUGACGCUUCUGAGUGUGCGCGCUUAUCAGGAGGAAUCUGGCAUCAGUGCAUCAAUGCCUGCCGCCGACAAGGGCCAGAAAAUCGAUACGGGACUGGUUCGCCGCAUCAUCAACAGAAAGGUGAGUUAUGAGUUUUCAGUCGAGAUUUAUUGCAUUUAUAGUCAAGCUACCGCCAACACGUCCGGUUGGCCCAGCGACCCGAAAAUUCCAUAUUAA